AUGUUAGCCAGUCACCAGCACUCUCGCGCGGAUAUAUGGGCUGAAACAGGGGAGUUCCGGGACAGUGGCCACUCCUCCCUGACCUCCGGCGGGUCUGGUGUUGACCAGUCAUUAUAUGCACCACCAAGACCAAGAAGAGACAGAAAACAUACGGACGACAAUCGACCCAUGACGGAAGCUACGAUAAAAACUGAAUCGACGACCCCCGGUGUUGGACCCGAUGAGCCUAUGGACGAUAAAGGAGACAAGAAGAAUAAGAGGCAAAGAAGGCAGAGAACUCACUUUACCAGCCAGCAGUUACAAGAGUUGGAAGCCACCUUCGCAAGAAAUCGUUACCCAGAUAUGUCGACGAGGGAAGAGAUAGCUAUGUGGACGAAUUUAACAGAGGCGAGAGUUAGGGUGUGGUUUAAAAACCGGAGAGCGAAAUGGAGGAAACGCGAAAGAAACGCAAUGAACGCAGCGGCAGCUGCGGCGGCGGACUUCAAGAACGGCUUUAGUACGCAAUUUAAUGGUUUAAUGCAGCCGUUCCCAGAUACGGAAGCUUUAUACUCGUCAUACCCCUACAAUAACUGGGCAGCAAAAGUACCAAGCCCGCUCGGGACGAAGAGUUUUCCGUGGCCAGUGAACCCUUUGGGGUCAGUAGUACCGGCGAGUCAUCAUCAAGGCUCCGUGAAUUGCUUUAAUACGGCAACAUCUAUGGGUGGCGUUGGAAGUGGUUCCAUGGCUGUAGCCGGGCCAGCGAGUGUGGGGGGCGGCGUAGCGCCCUGCCCUUAUACGACUGCACCGAAUCCGUACAGCAUGUACCGUGCCGAGCCGUGUCCCGCGAUGUCGUCGUCCAUAGCGUCUCUGCGUUUGAAAGCGAAGCAGCAUUCUACGAGUUUUAGCAGUGGGUACGGGACGUUGUCUCCGGUGUCCCGUGCCGGUUCUGCCCCGUUGUCCGCGUGUCAAUACGCAGCGGGUGGUGUAGUGUCGGAUCGUGUGCUUUGA